CAAUAAUUUACUUUAAAAAGAAAUCCUAAAUUGCUGAUUUUGAACACUACAUCAGUCCAACUCGUUUACACCGAAAAACACACACCAAAUCGCGAUUUCUUCAGAUUAUGGUUACCUCUUGGACUCACCAUCGAAAGCGUCCCCGUGAGCGUCACGCAUCCGCCAGUGAUUGUUCACCUCACGUGUGGACUCGCGGGUACCAUCAUCAUACAACCGCCACUCGUAUGCUACCUCGCUUACAGACUCGUAUCACACAUCCAUGGCUCCAGUUUCCCGAUGGUAGUCCCGGGCGUAAACGCUUAGCCGCUCUGCUCAAAAAACAAUUUGCGGCAACUUGGACCGUAGAUUGGGAUAGUUUAGAGAAGCUAAACCUACACCAUCGCGCUAGAGACACGAUGGGCCUGGUUUGGUUGAGAUUUUUCUCCAUCAAACAUCCGCAGUACAGAGAGCUAUGCUUGGAGUUCCUAUCGACAUACGAGUUUCAAACUCCUUGCACGGAUUAUCGUUAUACUCGUUCCAUCACAUUCAGGAUGGCGGGUAUUGCGCCAUGCUAGCUAGCUACUUCACUUCUUGCAUGGGAACGAUGCCUACAACUUAUAUUUGUGGCGGAUCGUAUAUCACUCAACUUGCCAAAUCAUAUGGUGUUUUGACGCCUGAGACCUGCAAUUCCUUGACUUCUUUCCUCCCGACUCAGACUCUAGACAUGGUGGCGUUGACGCACAUGAAGGUUGUCAAACCGAUAUCGCAACCCGACCCAUCGCAGACCGAGGAGCCACCUCAGCAACAGCAGGAGGAGACACCACAGCUGCAGGAGGCGCCACCUCAGCAGCUGCAGGAGGAGACACCUCAGCAGCAGCAGCAGCACAGGGAGGCACCUCAUCUGCAGUACCCACCGCUGAACGAGGAGAAACCUCAUGAGCAGUACCUAGUGAAGCAGGAGGAGGGAGCUCAACAACAGCAUGCUGACCCGCUAUCGCAUGGUCUUGGUGUGACUACCGUAGACCUGGUGGCGAUGGUGGCUGAGCUACAACAGGGGCAGCAGAGACUAGAGCAAGAGAAUCAAAGACACCACCAGGAGACGAUGUCUGCGCUCAGAUGCAUAGCCAGAUAUAUAGGUAUCCCCGACUUCCCACAACAUUCGAGGGACGGUGAUUCAGAGCAUUAUUAGGAACCAGGCUUAAUCACAGCACUUGUUUUGUAUUUGGUUGUAGUUUCUGAGUCGUUUCGUAUAAACCAUAUUUAGGUUUUCCCCAUGAAUCUGUGAGCCAUCACCGAAUUUCGGUGAUUUUUUUCUCUCCAAAACCGCUG